AGCCAGGCGGGCCCGGAGCGCGUUGUGGAGACUCCACAAGCACCCGGCGCCUUGGCAUCAUGCGACCCUCCGCACCUCCUCCUCGCCGGUCAGGGGCUUCGCUCUGGGUUUGUUGAGCCAACUGCCGAAACUGGGAAAGAAGCGGCGAGACGCUGGAGAACAGCGCGGAAACGGACUCCACUCUUCCCCUCCGCCCCAAGAGGCUGCCAGUCCCGGGUUCCCUGGGCUUGUGUAGCUUAAUCAUGAACCUGGCGCACGCUUGCCUUUAGGAGAAAUUCAGAAGCCGGAGGGAGAGGCCAGGCAAUUUCUUUGGUUGCUAAGAGUGAGUGAAGACACUGAGGAUGGCUCAGGGAUCUGCGGAUCAGAGAGCAGUGGGAAUUGCUGACCCAGAGGAGAGUUCUCCCAACAUGAUAGUCUACUGCAAAAUUGAAGAUAUCAUUACAAAGAUGCAAGAUGACAAGACUGGGGGAGUGCCCAUCAGAACUGUCAAGAGCUUUCUCUCCAAGAUCCCCAGUGUUGUUACAGGUACUGAUGUUGUCCAGUGGCUGAUGAAGAACCUUUCCAUCGAGGACCCAGUUGAAGCAAUACACCUGGGAAGCCUCAUAGCUGCCCAGGGCUACAUCUUUCCCAUCUCUGACCACGUGCUCACCAUGAAGGAUGACGGGACCUUUUACCGCUUCCAGGCUCCUUACUUCUGGCCUUCGAACUGCUGGGAACCAGAAAACACUGACUAUGCCAUCUAUCUCUGUAAGAGGACAAUGCAAAAUAAAGCAAGGCUGGAAUUGGCAGAUUAUGAAGCAGAAAAUUUAGCAAGACUCCAGCGAGCCUUUGCAAGGAAGUGGGAAUUCAUCUUCAUGCAAGCAGAAGCACAAGUCAAGAUUGACCGGAAAAAGGACAAGACAGAAAGGAAGAUUCUGGACAGUCAAGAACGGGCCUUCUGGGAUGUCCACAGGCCGGUGCCAGGCUGUGUGAACACUACAGAAAUGGAUAUCAGGAAGUGUCGACGAUUGAAGAACCCGCAGAAGGUUAAAAAGUCCGUGUAUGGUGUAACGGAAGAAUCCCAGUCACAAAGCCCCAUGCACAUACCCAGUCAGCCAAUUAGGAAGACGACGAAAGAAGACAUCCGGAGACAGAUAACGUUUUUGAAUGCACAGAUCGACAGACAUUGUUUGAAAAUGUCCAAGGUGGCUGAGAGCCUGAUCGCCUACACAGAACAGUAUGCAGAGUAUGAUCCCUUCAUCACACCAGCCGAGCCAGCCAACCCCUGGAUCAGUGACGACAUCACUUUAUGGGACAUAGAGAUGAGCAAAGAGCCCAGCCAGCAGCGAGUGAAGAGAUGGGGCUUCUCUUUUGAUGAGAUACUGAAGGACCAGGUGGGGCGGGACCAGUUCCUCCGAUUCCUGGAGUCCGAGUUCAGCUCUGAAAACCUCAGGUUCUGGCUGGCUGUCCAAGACCUCAAGAAACAGCCCUUGCAGGAUGUGGCCAAGAGGGUGGAAGAAAUCUGGCAAGAGUUCCUGGCUCCUGGAGCCCCGAGUGCCAUCAACCUGGACUCCCACAGCUACGAGAUCACCAGUCAGAAUGUCAAAGAUGGAGGAAGGCACACAUUUGAAGAUGCCCAGGAGCACAUUUACAAGCUGAUGAAGAGUGACAGCUAUGCCCGCUUUCUACGGUCCAAUGCUUACCAGGACCUGCUGCAGGCCAAGAAGAAGGGAAAGUCGCUAGCGGGCAAGCGCCUCACCGGCUUGAUGCAGUCCUCCUGAGCGUCCCCAGCGCUGCGCCCGGGCCCAUGGAGCCCUCCACGGGCAGCCGGCGGCGCUCCACGUCCACGGACAGAGUCUCCUUGCGGGGAGAUUUGGUCACUGUGAAGGAGAAAGAGUGAGGGCGGUGGAAGGCAAGGAUGGGGAGAGCUGGUGGGUGAAUAGGAAGACCAGAGAGGAUGUGCACAGAGCCUGGGAGGGCAACACAGAGACGGCCAUUGACAUCGCCCUCUUCCUUGUACAGUCGUGCGCCAACA